AUGACUUUCAGACUUGGUGGACCUACAGGAACAAUACACGACGGUCUAGGCAAUUACUCCCUCACCAGUAAAUGUAGCUGGUUGAUAGACGCCCCCAACUCAACCAUCACCCUUCACAUUGAAGAAUUUGCCACCGAAUGCGGGUGGGAUCACCUCUACGUUUACGAUGGCGACAGUGUAGAUUCACCGCUGUUAGCAGUGUCUGGAUACAACUGUUCGGACCAUGGUAUCUGCAUAGACGGAGAAUGCACUUGCGACGGCCAUUGGGACGGAGCCGCUUGUCAUCUUGAAAAAUGCCCCAACAAUUGCGGCGCUUCCGAAGAUAGGGGCAUAUGCGAACCGGAAAAAGGAUGUGCCUGCAUCGGUAACUACAAAGGAGACGAUUGCAGCCAAUUGGCCAGUGAAGGCUAUUGGGAAACCGUCACAGUCCAGACGUUUACGCCCAACGGGUCUGCUUCUCACGGUGCUGCCGUCUGGAGGGAUUCUAUGUAUAUAAUUGCCGGAGAAAGCUAUAACAGAGGAAGUUUGCUGUCCGUGUAUGACUUUAAUGGUAAUGUUUGGGAAACUUUACAUAUAGCAGAGAGCCCGUCCCUUAGGUAUGGUCAUUCAACCGUCCUUUACGGCGACAAAAUUUUUCUUUACGGCGGUGUAGACGGCAAUAGGGGUCCCACAUCUGAACUAUGGGCUUUCGAUAUUAGUGCCAAAACCUGGGAGAACAUAACAGUUAAGGCUGAUUCGUGUAAUGACAGUUAUAUAAUGUGCGGUCCUCUUAAGUCUGCUGGCCAUACGGCCACCGUAGUGAUAAACAACUAUAAUAAAAAAGUAGAUAGAAUGAUAGUGAUAUUCGGUCAUUCUCCACGCUUAGGAUACCUCAAUACUGUCCAAGAGUACUACUUUGGUACCAGAGAAUGGCAUAUAGUGAACACUCAGGGCUACCCAGUGAAAGGUGGUUACGGACACACAGCCAGUUGGGACCCCUUGACGGCAAAGAUCUACGUAUAUGGUGGUGUUGUUUCGGAAAGUGAGUCUUCUCAAUAUUUAAGCAAAAGUCUUUAUUCCUACGAGCCAAACCAGAGGAUAUGGACUCUUCUUGCAGACGCUCCAUCUGCGCGAUUUCUUCAUACAGCCACAUUUGUUUCAGACAGUUUAAUGUUAAUUUUUGGUGGAAAUACCCAUAACGAUACAUCACACAGCUUUGGUGCCAAAUGUUACAGUAACGAAUUGCUUGCCUAUGACGUUUUGUGCGACACCUGGCAUACCAUGAAAGUACCAACCGAUUUACGUACCGAUUUGGCAAGAUUUGGACACUCUGCUGUAGUCUUCGAGGGAUCUUUGUACAUUUAUGGAGGAUUUGAUGGUCAGAUGCUGUCAGAUAUGUUGAGGUAUACUCCGGGGGAUUGUAGAUAUAUCAACGAAACCUCGUGUUUAAAGAGCAAAUCCGGGCUCAAGUGCGUUUGGGAUUCAAAAUCGGGUUCUUGCGCACCUGUUCGCCAGGUUCCCAAAGAUUUGGUGCUCAAAAAAGAAGAAAGCCAUAUAAUAAAAUGCCCGAAACUCAACAGAUCUGCUGGUACUUCAAUAACAAUCAGGAAAGAAAGAAAAUGCGAGGAGAUGAAUGAUUGUUUAAGUUGCGUCCAUACAACAAGUGAUUGCGUGUGGUGCGGAUCUGCGUGUAUUCCAUCAAGUAAGAAGUGCACCAAGGGAAGUGCAAACGGAAGCACGAACUCCUCAGAAUUAACACCAAUUGCUAAAUCAGCCAUGUGCCCUUCACCGGACCCAGCUCCGAUUUGUAGACAGUUGCACACUUGCAAAGCUUGUACUUCUCAGCCGUCUUGCAGGUGGCGUUUCGAACAUGCCAAAUGCGUCCCGCACGCUUACUCCAACAGCAGCAGCUCCGCAGAAGCAGUGGAACAGAAUCAAUGUCAAAACGUCUGUUCGGAAUACAACGCUUGCUAUAAUUGUACUCAAGAAGAGUGCAUUUGGUGUCAGAACGAAGGUAGAUGUGUCGAUAAAAAUGCUUACACAUCAAGUUUCCCGUAUGGACAAUGCCGAGAAUGGACGACCGUUCACACGAAGUGUAGAUCGAGGGGGAGUGACGAGAACUCGCAAUGCGAGUUUUAUAAGACUUGUUCCAAAUGUCAAGACGACCCAGCUUGUGGUUGGUGCGACGACGGAUCCAGAACUGGACUCGGAACGUGCAUGCCUGGAGGAUAUACCGGUCCAACUCUGCACACUCAGUCUCUACCAUCUUCCACCUGUCCGCCGGAACGCUGGCACUUCACCCACUGUCCUCAAUGCCAGUGUAACGGUCACGCGAGCUGUAAAGAGAACACCAGCAGCUGCCUUAACUGCAGCAAUCUAACCACCGGGAAGCAUUGCGAGCACUGCAUAAAAGGUUACUGGGGCAACCCGGUGAACGGAGGCAAAUGCUCGCCUUGCCAGUGCAACAAACAAGCCGACGAUUGCCACAGAGAAACGGGGAAGUGUUAUUGUACGACCAAAGGAAUCAUUGGAGAGCAAUGCGAGAAGUGCGAUACCGGGAACCACUACCAUCCGGAUCCGAACAACAAAUCUUGUUAUUAUGAAUUAACCAUAGACUACCAAUUUACUUUCAACCUAUCCAAGAAAGAAGACAGACACUACACCGAAAUAAACUUCAGGAAUUCUCCGAUUAAACCGGACAUAGACGCUGAUUUUCUGAUAACGUGUUCCGUGAUGGCCAAAAUGAACAUAACAGUGAGAACCGAGAACUCGGAAGAAAAAGCCAUCUUCGAGAAUCACAAUUGUACGACGUUCAGAUCGAAGUUUUCGAAAUCUCUGUAUAAAUUCGGCGUGGAACACGGCGCGGAACACGGCGCGAACGUCACGCUGACGACGUUUUAUGUUUAUGUUUACGACUUCCAGACGCCGCUAUGGAUACAGAUUUCGUUUAGCCAGUACCCAAAGUUGAACUUGCAACAAUUCUUCAUCACAUUUUCUUCAUGUUUUCUUCUACUACUUUUGGUGGCAGCCAUCCUAUGGAAGAUAAAGCAACGGUACGAUAUGUACCGUCGUCGACAACGACUCUUCGUCGAGAUGGAGCAGAUGGCUUCGCGUCCCUUCUCACAAGUGCUCGUAGAGCUAGAAUUGAAAGAGACCGUAGACUUUAAGAAUAAUGGUAUGGUGGGCGACGCCAAACGCAAGAAGAGAGACGCACCCAGCCCGAUUGCUUUGGAACCAUGCUACGGAAAUAGAGCUGCGGUGCUUAGUUUGUUGGUGAGGUUGCCGACUGGGGGAGAGCCUCACACUGUCAGAGGCCAGUCGGCAGGUCUAGCCAUCGCUAGCGCGCUCGUCACUUUGGGAAACCCGCGCAAAAUAAGUAUAGACCAAAUCAAGACGGAUACGAAAGGGGGAAAGAUCAGGAAGUCUCAGAGCCAGCAUCCGGACAGUUGUCUUUGAAUGAUCGGGAAGUUGGUAUUUUGUAGGAUAACGUUAUAUCUUUUUGUGACUGUUCUUUUAUUUGGGAAAGAUACAAAAUUGUUACAGGGUACGAAACGGUGUUUGUGAAAAUUUUGGAAGCUGUCGGUGAAGGGGAGAUGGCGGUAUGAAAGUAUAACAAGUCUUUCACUAAAUUUGUCUGGUUUCCGGCUUUGCAAGCUGUGGUCUGGAAUUGUUCCUUGGUGUAUUUUUUUCCACUGUUGCACAGACGAAACUUCAGAAAGAAAUAAUUCCACAUCACGCUUAAAAGCCAGGAAAUCAAUGUAUUAUUAUACUCAUUGUAUCUUUGGUUUGGUUUUUUAGUAAAUACUGCCGAUUAUAUAACCAAAAAUGCUACUAGUGUAAGCAUUUAAAUAAUGUUUAAUUUUAGGCAACAUUGAGAAAGCCUUUCAUAAAGCAAUUUUUUUAAUUGUUAAAAUAUCUGUGAUUUUUAUGAUAGCCGAUAGUGGUAAGUUUAUUUUUUAUUUUCCAAGUCGUAUUUAUAAUGUUAAAGAACAAGGAUCAAGAAACGCAAAAGUCACUUUCAUUUUCGCUAUCUCUCUCGAACAGUCUGGUGGGAGACUCUUUCAUAAUGUUAGUUAUUGUAAAGUGAUACUUUUUGAUCAAAAAUUCGAUUUCUCAACAGGAAGGUCAGAAAGAAACUUUAAGACUACCAGAUAGACAAGCAUGGUUCUAUUUAUUUACACAUUUGUUUAUACUUUUUACAAUUGCUGACAUAUGACAAACUAUAGCUUAAAAUUAAACUACAUAGCGAAAACCUCUUAUACCUGAUAGAUAGAUAGAUAGAUUUAGAGAGCUUUUUGGCCCAUUCCACUGCGACCUUUUCAGAUUUAUUAUGGUCCUCUAGUCCUAGAUAACAUUCCCUAGCCUAACCCUUUUUAUAAAGUCUAAGAGCUUCGAGACUGCACCUUCCUUGCAGCUAUUUGCUGGUGGAUUUUCUCCUCCUAAUGCAAAAAACCGCACAUUUGCCAGACUGUCACACUGACAUACAAUAUGCUCCGCUGUUUGACAGAAUCUGCACAGCUCAUCAUCUGAUAAUUCCAUCAGCUUUAAAUGCCUAUUCAGCUUACAGAGUCCUGGUCUGCCGUAAAUUUUGGCGAAUGUUCUGUAAUGAACUAUUUCGCCUGUCUUUAUCCUGGUGAAUUCCUCCACCAUUCCAGAGAUUUGUGAACUACCCACUUCGUUGUAGCUGUUCUUGUUACUGACUUUGCAACGCCGCAAAAGGGUUCCGGUCCAAUGAAUUGCAUUGUGAAUAAACAAUUUUGUCAAGAUUAAACCUCUUGCUUCGAAAGACUUUUUCAGUGUCAGGAAUAACUUGCAUAAUUCAGCUUGAGCCUGUCAGCCUGAGUAUGUAUGUAUGAAUAAGAGUUUUCUGUCUAAUUUAUCACCCAAGGAUCAAAGAUAUUUCUUUUAUCUUCUUUGUUGCGCAGUGAAAUCCAAAAAGUACGUGUUUUGUCAGGAUUCGUUAAUUGGUUAGCAUGGAAUAUAUCUUCUGGAGAUUGACACAUUGGACUGGUCACCUUUGGGUCAACCGUUCUUUUGGAUUUUUCACUGACUUUUUUUCUUUGCAGAAAUACAGAAUACAGAUGUGCAGUGUACCCUUAUUAUGCUUGUAAGUUGAAUCUCUUUAAAUUCGCAACUACUUUGCGAUGGUUGACCAUGUAAGCUGUAGGAAGUUCAAAGAAAACAGUUCUUUUUCUUUCACAAUGUAGAUAAUUCUCGCCAGAACCAUUGUUUCCAAAACUUUGUAGAGAUGAUAUAGUAGCGAGACUGAGCGAAGGUUUUUUGCAUUUAUUGGUGACUUCUGCGGCUUUAGUUUUGAAAAAUUUCAGCUCUUAGCACACUUGUUCAUAAUUUCUACGAGCUAUUGGUGGAUAAUAGAAUAAAAGGGCUUCAUCUGUGCUGUGCUGAUGUCGUCUGAACCAGCAACUUUCGCUGUUUAGCAAAUCAGUUUGGAGUACUUCAAGGGUGAAUGAUGUGGUCAGAAAAUUUUUCUUCUCGUCAAGAAUUCUUGGUUAUUUUCUUGCCUUCAGUUCACUAAUAGCUGACUAGCUAUUUACUCAAUAGUUAUUUUUGAGAAAUCUGGAAGAGGUCCAACUAGAUCGUUACUAAGGUUUUUAAUUAGUUCCCCAGAGUUUUUGAAAACUCUUUAGUGUGGAGUUACUUUGGGAGGUCUGUAUGUGGUGCAGCAGGGUCAUUACUCAGGUUUUUCAGCCUGCUAAUCUGUUUCAUGUCAAGAUCUUUCAAUAAUUUGGCCCAUGAUUCUUAUUUGUCCCAUACCCCCAUUUCGUAAAAUAUUUUCCCGCCUGAAUGAUGUCAUGAGAAAACCUUGCAUUUGACGUGAUCAGAUUAGUAAUUAAGUCGUUGAAAUGAACUGACUGCGGUAUCCUCAAAGGAUGUGCCUUUGUGACACUGUCUUUACAAUAUCGGCAAAGUCUUCCUAGAUGCAUGAGUCCUAAAUAAAUGGGUCCCACUUCGUAUUUCUGAAAUUAAACCUGUAUCGGAAAGGAACUUUCUCCAGAGAUUCAGUGCCUCCAACUCCAACAGUGAUUUGGCUGUGUUGCGUUUUUGGAAUGGUCAGGUUUAUAUCCUCUGCAUAAAAAUGAAAAGGUACAGCAUCCACUUUUAUCAAAAUUUGUCCCAGUUUUUCUACAGUGAUUAUAAUAUAUAAAAAUAAGUGAAAAAUAUGAUUUUUAGUUUUAUAACAAUCAUAAAUUGUUUGCCGAAUAUCUCUAUGAUGUCUGUACGAUGAAACAAAUGACAUUGCACGUUGGAACAAUUGUUUAGAUCUGUAACACAUUUAUAGAUGUAUGGAAGCAUGAUAAAGCCCUAAAAUCCUAAAUUAUUUUUUAAAAUCCCGAUCUUAAAGUUUCUUUCUCGCCACAAUUUAACCACAAUCUCUAUUACCAAUCGUAAGUGUAACAUACUGGAAUUAGAAUAUUUUUUAUGUAAUGAACUAAACUAUUUAGCUAAAACUUGUCCUAAUAGUUAGCAUUCAAAUGUGAUAACAGUUUUUUGUAAUAGAUCGUUUAAUUCAAGAGCUUUUAAAAUAUCUUAAAUUAAAAUUAAACUAAAAUAAAAGUAAAUUAGUAGACGUGCUGCAUGUGAUUUUUUACAGUAGCUUACAUUUAAACGGUUCUGUGGUUUUUAGAUCGAAUUUUUAUGAGAUUCUCGGAUUAUUUCGUGUACAGUCUUUACAAGUUGGUGGCUGGUAAUUAUCAGUACAGUAUUAAGUUUUUCGGGGCAUAUACAAGAAACUUGUUGGACCUACCAUGUAAAUCUCGUACAAACUUAGUCUAAUUUUCCUAAAAACUUUCUUGAUUGUCACAUUUUUUUACAGUUACUAGUUACUAUGUACAGCUGGUUCCUAAAAAAAAUGAUACGACUCUUCGUAAGAUUUGAACCGUUUCAUAAUAAUCUCCCACACAUUCGCGAUUGGGUUUAAAUCUGGACUAUAGCUGGGCCAUGGUAAGGUUUCGGUGUUCUUAUUCUGGAGCCACUGGUUUAUUAUAUUUGAAGUGGGAAUAGGACAAUUACUUUGUUGCAAUAUAAAUUAUUUUCUGGAUAGAACUGUUCUACACUGGGAAACAUGAUGUUUUCUAGAAUAUUUAGAUAAGUCUGCCCAACAAACCUGCCAUCAAUACGGCAUACCAUUCCCGUUUCUCCAGAUGAAACUUAUCCCCAUACAUUUAUCGCUAAAAUGACCUCUCUUCUGUUUGUCAACCACUUUCCAUCCAUUCCUGAAUGUAGAUCUCUCCCAAUUUCUUCCAUCUUUCUCUAUCUUGCGCCAGUCUAAUAUACUGUCUGCCUGCCACUGCUCUUAUGCCAUCUACUCAUAUUUUUUGAGGUCUUCCCAUGCUUUUUGUUGCCGUCCUUGGUCUCCAUUCUAGAAUUCGUCAUGUCCACCUGUUGCAUUACAUCGGGCUACUCGACCUGCCCAGCGCCAUUUCAUUUUUGUAAUUUCUUCCACAAUAUCCCUAAUUUUCCUUCUACGUCUUAUCUCGGUGUUUCUAAUCUUGUCUCUCGCUGAUAUUCCAAGCAUGAUUCGUUCCAUUGCUCUUUGCGUUGUUUCUGAUUUUUUGGCAGAUUUUUUGGUAAGGGCUACUGUCUCCAAGCCGUAGGUACAAACUGGUAGUAUGCAUGUGUUAUACACCUUUUUCUUUAAGUUUACAGGAAUGGAUUUACGAUCUUCAUGAACGGUAGAUAUUUUAGGUCAAUAUUAAAUACUGUUAUUCUGUUUACGUUAAAAUGGUUCGCUACGGCAGAUAGUGACCAACCAGCUUCUAAUUUCGUUACAAUUCUUGCUUUUAAUUGAUUGCUAGCAUAUGGAGCCAUUUUUUGAAGUUGAACAAUAUACGUUAUCUGACGAAUUUUAAGAUUUGACAGUGACAGUAUGUAAAUAAUAAGUAUUUAUCCUUUAAAAUACACUGCUCAAUUUACUACAAAAUACUCUUUAAGAGUCGUAUUAGUUUUUUUAUGAAUCAGGUGUAUCUUAACAUUUUUUUUGAACAAAAAGCAUUUUACUUUUCAAUCUAGCUGAAUCUAUUCGGUCAACUCACUUUUUAAACAAUAAACUAAGUUUUAUUGAAGUUGAAUCCUCGAAGUAGCUAUUUGUGCAGCGAUUACCUCGUAAUUGGACGAAAAUCCAUUGCGGUUGUCAUUUUGACAGGUCUUGAAACAUAUGAUCAUAUCCAGGGAGCUAAAUUUGGAAAAUAGGUCGAAUGAGACAAUUAUCAAAAUUCUUAUUCGUUAAGUUUUUUGCCAAGUCCCCGACAAAUGAAACGAUCUUUUCUGUUGUCAAAACCAUUUCUACUUUGGUGACGGAAAACAUUUAGGAGUCAAUUGACUCCUGAAACAACUCAAGCUUUCUGAUUGUCACAAACACGCGUAAAAAGUACUCAAGAGACAAGAAAAGUCUUAGCUUUUCCUCCUAGAAAUAAAGUUUGUUUAACUUAUUGUUGGUUUAACAAAAUUCUGUGCACACUGUUAUAUAGACAUCCAAUAUGUCUGCUUUCUUAUGCUCUUUGCGUAAAUGGUUCUUCAACAUGAUACUGCAGUCUUUUUCAAUCAUUGUAUGCAAUAGAAAGUUUUGGAUGUUAACUACCAGGUGAUUAUAUACGGCUGUCGAAGAGCUCAACUCUUUUGAAGCACAUUCUUCUAGUGGGCUCGGUGUUGCCUGAUCUUCCAUCUAGCUCUAGAUCGUUUCAUACAUCAUUUUGCACUGGGUUCUUCAUAGUAAAUGAGUUUCUUUUGAUCAUUCAUGAAGAAUGCAAAUACCUCGAUGAGAUAUUUACAUUUUUUUGGUACAUAUGUCUUCGAAUCAUCAAACUAUCUUCUUCAAACCAUCUUAUUUCGAUUCACCUUGGUUUACACAAAAAGUUUGUAGAUUUAUGGGCUAGAAUCUUGAGAAGACACGUUUAGAGAUAGUAAUUUUAAAGAAAAACAUGUUGUAGAGGUACAAAACAUUCUCACCUAAUUAUAUAAGGUUCAAAGGUGCUUUUAAGCUAAUAAAAAUCGAUUUUGUGAAAAUUACACAUAUGCCAACUUGAAAAGACUUUUCUUUUUUGGCUACCUAUUAGUAAAAGGAUUGAUAUUUGGCAACAAUGGUUUUGUAGAUUUUAGAUUCUAAUAUACCAUUGUACCUUUAAAUAUUUAUAUAUAUGCCGACAAUAUUUUCAAAUUUGUCUACAAAGAUAGUUAUUUUGGUGUAGAUAUUUAGUGAAAGUGAAAGGAAAGCCGUCGCAAAUGAAAUAUGUGAAUAUUCUUUUAAAUUUUUGGAAAUUGUUUUAGUUUAUUUGUUAAAUUGAUGUUAACUAUUUAUUGGAGUAUGAUGUUAAUAUUUUGAAGGAUCUUAUGCUGUGAGAUUUAGAUGGGACGGAAUUUUUUAUAUAUGGUGCAUCAAAAUGUUCGUUAAAAUCCACAAAGUAACACUGACAUUCCAGUUUGAAAGGUCAGACAGAAAGUUUACUUUGAAAUGGCAAUAAAUCAAACAGGCAUGAAGAAAAAACACGAAAAAAAAAAAGAAAAAGUCCCUAAGUAACUAGUUUGACGCUUCUUUAUGUUUUUUAACUUUUCAAGUUGAAUAGUCUCAAAAGCGUAACAUUUGUGGUAAGAAAAAAAGAAAAUUUGUCUUCUAGAUCAACGGGCUGGUGGCGUUAACUUCGUGGUGAAUGGUACUUGGAUCGGGCUACGUUAGAGUUGAGUUACAAAAUUUUUACGGUUAUGGUAUAAAAUCCGAAAAGUUGUAAUAAGAAAAACAAAAAGAAACUUCAAGAGCUGUGAGAUUUCGAUAUGGACCAAAUGUGUUGGAAUUUUUAUGUACAAUGGAACAAAAAUUUCGUUAAAUAAAUCAAAAGUUUUUUACAAAUCACAAAUACAAAACAUACAUCACAAAUUUCUAAUACAGACAUCUGUUUUGCAAGCUCUUAUUGUAAUAUUUCGCUUACGAAAAUCAAAUUAAUAAAAAAAUGCGAGAAAUCGGCAAAACCAUGAUUUUUUUCAAUGCUUUUUACUUUUCCUUGUAUUUAAAGACUAAAAAUGUUUUCAUCAUCAUCAUCAGCCCAUAGUCGUCCACUGCUGAACAUAGGCCUCCUCUAAAAACCUCCAUUCAGAUCUAUCCUGCUCUGCUGCAAUGCAGUUGGUACAAAUCCUCUUUAUGUCGUCAGUCCAUAUUGUGGGUGGUCUUCCCUGGUUUCGUCUAUCCGCUCUCGGUCUCUACUCCAAGAUUUUUUUGGUCCACCUAUUAUCCUUCAUUCUAGCGACGUGUCCUGCCACCUCCAUUUAAUUUUGGCCAUGUGUUUUAUAAUGUCUUCUACACCACUUUUUCUAUGGAUUUCUUCGUUUCUUACCCUAACUCGCAACGUUAUGCCUAACAAUGAUCUUUCCAUUCUACGUUGCGUACACUAGUUUUCGUGUAUAUAUUGUUAGGGUAAGUGUCUGCGCCAUAUUAAAGGCUCUUCUUUUUAAGCUGAUAGGUAUAUCACCUUUAAAAUAUCACGCAGUCUUCCAUAUGAUGCCCAUCCCAGUGUUAUUCCUCUUAGCAGCUCAGCAGUUUGAUUAUCUCUGCUAUUUUUUUUUAAUACUUAGACUUGACCUACUUUACGUGCUACAUCGCUGAGUUCAUUCAACAUAUCACUGGCAGCCUUUAGGUCAUCUGAAAUCAGAACAAUAUUAUCUGUGAAUCGUAGAGGACUAAGCAUCUCACCAUCAAUAUUUAUUCCUUUACUUUCACAUUCCACUGACUUCAAAGCAUGUUCAAGUACAGUAAUGAACAACUUAGACGACAUAGUAUCUCCCUGUCGAAUACCUCUCCUGAUAUGUAUCGUAUUGGUAGGACCGUGCAGAUUUAUAGUUGUUGUAGCACUUCUAUAUAUUUUCAAUAAUAUUGGUGUACCUAUGAUCAAUUCGACACUCUUUCAAUGCCUUUAGAAGUGCGGG